AUGUCGGCCAGACCGCCACGGUAAGCAUAUGCACACCCACAAUUGUCGAUCGAAACGCUAAAUCGCCGUCAGAUUCAAUCAGCAAGUCCUCAUCGACACCACUCCCCUUCCCGACCACAUCCCCAAGGUCGAGGAAAUCGGCGCCUCCUCCGCCCCUCUCCUCUCCGCGAGCUACUUCAUCGGUGCUCGCUGCCGACCCUACAAUGAUGAUUACAUGCACUGCAAGGACCAGGCCAAGGGCAAGGGCGAGCCGGAAUGCUUGAAGGAGGGAAGGAAAGUCACGCGCUGUGCGGCUUCUGUGCUGGAAGAUAUCAACAAGAGCUGUCUCGAGCAGUUCAGGAAGCAUUGGGAGUGUCUGGACAACAACAACCACCAACUAUGGCAGUGCAGGGGCGUGGAGAGGCCGCUAAACAAGUGUGUCUUCGAUAAUCUGUGAGUGAUGAUUUGGGUUGGAAAUGCAGCGACAGGUGGAAAAUGCUUACGGUCUCACAGGAAAUUGGAGAAGAAGAUUCCAGGAGCCCCGGAGAACGAGACACCAGUGCAUCUGCGGAAGCGGCAAAUUUACGUAUGACAGCUCCAUCACGCUCGAUGAGCAUUCUGCUAAUCCCUUUCGCAGGCACAUUCGAUAUUCGGCCAAUGA